UGCGGUUGAGAGUCGGAGCCCGCGAGCAACAUGCCGGAACAGAGCAACGAUUACCGGGUGGCCGUGUUCGGAGCAGGUGGUGUUGGCAAGAGCUCCCUGGUCCUGAGGUUUGUGAAGGGCACGUUCCGGGAGAGCUACAUCCCCACCGUGGAGGACACCUACCGGCAGGUCAUCAGCUGCGACAAGAGCAUCUGCACGCUGCAGAUCACGGACACCACCGGCAGCCACCAGUUCCCCGCCAUGCAGCGGCUGUCCAUCUCCAAGGGCCACGCCUUCAUCCUCGUGUACUCCAUCACCAGCCGGCAGUCCCUGGAGGAGCUCAAGCCCAUCUACGAGCAGAUCUGCGAGAUCAAAGGGGACGUGGAGAGCAUCCCCAUCAUGCUGGUGGGGAACAAGUGCGACGAGAGCCCGAGCCGCGAGGUGGAGAGCAGCGAGGCGGAGGCCCUGGCCCGCAGGUGGAAGUGCGCCUUCAUGGAGACCUCGGCCAAGCUCAACCACAACGUGAAGGAGCUCUUCCAGGAGCUGCUCAACCUGGAGAAGCGCAGGACCGUGAGCCUCCAGAUCGACGGGAAGAAGAGCAAGCAGCAGAAGAGGAAAGAGAAGCUCCAGGGCAAGUGCGUGGUCAUGUGAACGCCUUCCCGUGUCCCCGUCACCGCACCUUCCCUCUUCCCCGGGAAACCCGCCGCCGCCAGGGCAGCAUGUCAGAUGCCCACACGUUAACUAUCUCAUUUUGACCGAGACACGCCCUAUUGUCCUUAAGAGGCAUUCCACACCACCCACAAUAAGCCCCUCUCCGGAACCAGGGAAUCCGCCAGACGGUCCAGCGAAAACCCACGUGCCGGCGUGGC